AUGGUCGCCGCAAAGAAGCAUGUCCCGAUUGUGAAGAAGCACAAGAAGCGCUUCAACAGACACCAGUCUGACACCUACAUGCGUGUUGACCCCUCAUGGCGCAAACCAAAGGGUAUUGACAACCGUGUCCGCCGACGCUUCUCCGGCCAGGCUGCUAUGCCAAAAAUUGGAUACGGCAGCAACAAGAAGACCCGCCACAUGAUCCCAUCCGGACACAAGGUCUUCCUCGUCCAGAACCCCAAGGAUGUUGAGCUAUUGCUCAUGCACAACCGCACAUACGCCGCUGAGAUCGGCCAUGCUGUUUCUUCCGCCAAGCGCGUCGAUAUCAUUGCUAAGGCCAAGGCUCUCGGUGUCAAGGUCACGAACCCCAAGGGCAGACUAACGACCGAAUCGUAA